AUGCCAUUGGUAAUUUUCGGAGACGGCAUGAAAAAUAAGGACCAUGUCAAGUUCAAAUGUCUUUGGCAUGGUGUCUCUGGCAAGCUAUACAAACAGCUUCAACGACGUGAGAGGUUAGGGGAGCUUAUCCUCCUAGAUAUAAACGAGUAUAAUGCCUUGAAGAGCAACUUGAAAAAUCUAAGGUGUGGAAGCGGCGAAGAUGAAUGCAAGAUCCAUCAAGUAUUGAUUUGCGAAAGAUGCAAUAUUUUUUGGAAUCAUGAUGUCAUGCCCGCUGAAAAUAUGCUUACCAUUGCCGAAUCCAUCUGGAAUGGCAAUGGUCGACCCAAUGUCUUUCAGCGACAAAGCACCGCCUCCAAUGUGGUUGCCGCGUCUCACCAGAGUGAGACGACGGCUUAAAGAUAUU